UGGUGCUUGCCGAGGACGCUUCACUCCUCGGGUGCACCGAUCUUUCUGAUCCUGCCAUUGGAGCAGCUAGAUUGCCAGCCCUGGCUGCUCCAUCGGCCUGCCUGCCCCUUACCUGCGAUUGCAUAUGAACUUUUCUUACCUCUUCUUGCACACCGUUGUCGUCGAGAUCGUCGUGGUGCUCGCGUGAUGGCCUUCGUCCGUUUAGAAUAGUGUAGCUAGUUAGGGGCCACCGAAGAAGAAAGAAGACGCGAAUAGUGCAGAGAUGCUGGAGGUGGUCAGUUACUAUGCUAGAGUAAGAUAGUGGAGCAAGAGAAGCCAAACCUAUCCGGGGUCGCACGGUCGCCCAGAGGAGGUCGACUCGCCGGCGCUUGCCAUCGCGCCGAGCUCCCUCCGUCCCUCACUCCGCCGCGGCGCGACAUUGCGGCGCGCAGCGCAGCGCAGCGCACCGACUGCCGCGGGCUCCGCUGGGCGAUUGCAGCCGAGUCCGUUUCUCGUCUAGCUGCCGCCGCGGCGACCGCUGCCUUGCCUUCCUCCCGGACGCUUGUGGGUUGUCAGCCAAUAUCCAUGAGCAUCUGUAGGCCAAUGAUCACCGUCCUUCAAAAAUAAUUAAAGGAUGGCAUAAUGAAUCCAGUCUGUUAAAUUUCCUCUUCUCAAUUUUAAACUUUGUUUGCUUAAGACUGAAGCAAUUAUGGUGAACCUGAGGAAGGCAGUGCACUCGUUCCUUGUGCACCUGAUUGGCCUAUUGGUUUGGCAAUGUGAUAUUUCUGUGAGCCCAGUAGCAGCCAUAGUAACUGACAUUUUCAAUACCUCCGAUGGUGGACGCUUCAAAUUCCCAGACGGGGUACAAAACUGGCCAGCACUUUCAAUCGUCAUAAUAAUAAUCUUGACAAUAGGUGGCAACAUUCUCGUUAUCAUGGCAGUAAGCUUGGAAAAGAAACUGCACAAUGCUACCAAUUAUUUCUUAAUGUCCCUAGCCAUUGCUGAUAUGCUAGUGGGACUACUUGUCAUGCCACUGUCUCUGCUUGCAAUCCUUUAUGAUUAUGUCUGGCCAUUACCUAGAUAUUUGUGCCCCGUCUGGAUUUCUUUAGAUGUUUUAUUUUCUACAGCGUCCAUCAUGCACCUCUGCGCUAUUUCGCUGGAUCGGUAUGUAGCAAUACGUAAUCCUAUUGAGCAUAGCCGUUUCAAUUCACGGACUAAGGCCAUCAUGAAGAUUGCUAUUGUUUGGGCAAUUUCUUUAGGUGUAUCAGUUCCUAUCCCAGUGAUUGGACUGAGGGAUGAAGACAAGGUGUUCAUCAACAACAACACCUGCGUGCUGAAUGACCCAAAUUUCGUUCUUAUUGGGUCCUUCGUAGCUUUCUUCAUACCGCUGACGAUCAUGGUGAUUACAUACUGUCUAACGAUCCACGUCCUUCGCCGACAAGCUCUGAUGUUACUGCACGGCCACACGGAGGAACCGCCCGGAAUUAGCCUGGAUUUCCUGAAGUGCUGCAAGAGGAAUACUGAUGAAGAGAACUCUGCAAACCCUAACCAAGAUUUGAACCCACGCCGAAGGAAGAAGGAAAGACGGCCAAGGGGCACCAUGCAAGCUAUCAACAAUGAACGGAAAGCCUCGAAAGUCCUUGGCAUUGUUUUCUUUGUGUUUCUGAUCAUGUGGUGCCCGUUUUUUAUUACUAAUAUCCUGUCGGUUCUUUGUGGGAAGGCUUGUAAUCAAAAGCUAAUAGAAAAACUUCUGAAUGUGUUUGUUUGGAUUGGCUAUGUUUGUUCAGGAAUUAAUCCUCUGGUGUACACUCUUUUCAACAAAGUUUACCGAAGGGCUUUCUCCAACUAUUUGCGCUGCAAUUAUAAGGCAGAUAAAAAGCCUCCGAUCAGACAAAUCCCGAGAGUUGCUGCCACUGCUUUGUCUGGGAGGGAGCUUAAUGUUAACAUUUACCGGCACACCAAUGAACCAGUGAUUAAGAAAGCUGAUGACCAGGAGGCCGGUAUAGAGAUGCAAAUCGAGAAUUUGGAGCUACCAGUUAAUCCCUCCAAUGUGGUUAGUGAAAGGAUUAGUAGUGUGUAAGAAAGAGCGGUGCAGUCUUUUCCUACAGUAAAGCUACAAAUGUAGGAAAUUGUUCUAUAAUUCUUCUGCCGGUCAUAACCUAAUGUAAAUAUUGCUGUCUGAAAAAGUUGUUUUUAUAUAUAGCUUUGCAAUCCUGUACUUUACAAUCAUGCUUACAGUAGUGAGAUUUAGGGUUCUGUAUUUACUGUUUAUAAUAGAUUGAGAAUAAUUUACUUUGGUUGUUUGAUGCAAACAUGUUGAUUUUUUCCCCCCUUCCUUCCUUCCUUCCUUCCUUCCU